UCGGCUCCUCAGAGGGGACGUCGUCGUGUUUCUGUUUCCUGCAGCGCGCGGCUUCAUUUGGUGCUGAUGCUGCGCAGAGAAAAAAACACACUCCAGAGUCUGAAGACCAAUCAGAGCGCGGAUCAGACUUCAGCAUCCCGUCGUUCUCUCUCUCUCUUCCUCCUCUCUGGCUCUUCUCUUCCUCCAACACAGUUCCCGGACUCUCCGCAUUCCUUCUCCUGCCGCCGCUGACAGGACGAUGGUACCGCGCACCGAGCGUACCGUACGCACACCCAGAGCGGCACUGAUCAACUCGCUGCGGGACUUUUAAACUUAUUAUUAUGCCCUGUUACGCAAGGUUUGUGCUCCUGAUCCUGUGCCUGGUCCUGAUCGGGGAGUGCAGGAAACCCAGAAGUAGGAAAAAGCGCUGGUCUGCGCCGGCGGAGACGCACAAACCCGGGACCCCUCUGUCCAAGAAGGUAUCAGAUGGAACUAAAACCAAAAAGCUGAAGACCAGUCACCUCCUGCGCAUCGACGAGCACGACUUCACCAUGAGGCCGGCCUUCGCAGGUCCAGCUGUUCCUGUGGGAGUGGACGUGCAGGUGGAGAGUUUGGACAGCAUAUCAGAGGUGGACAUGGACUUCACCAUGACCCUGUAUCUGAGGCACUACUGGAAGGACGAGCGCCUCGCCUUCCCCAGCACCACCAACAAGAGCAUGACGUUUGACGGACGCCUGGUGAAGAAGAUCUGGGUGCCCGACGUCUUCUUCGUCCACUCCAAGAGGUCGUUCAUCCACGACACCACGACCGACAACAUCAUGCUGCGGGUGUUUCCUGAUGGUCACGUCCUGUACAGCCUGAGGGUUACAGUCACCGCCGCGUGCAACAUGGAUUUCAGUCGAUUCCCGUUGGACUCGCAGACGUGCACGCUGGAGCUGGAGAGCUAUGCUUACACCGAUGAAGACCUGAUGCUUUACUGGAAGAGCGGCGAUGAGUCUCUGAGCACGGACGACAGGAUUUCUCUGUCUCAGUUUCUCAUCCAGAAGUUUCACACCACCUCCAGACUGGCUUUCUACAGCAGCACAGGCUGGUACAACCGUCUGUACAUCAACUUCACCCUGCGGCGUCACAUCUUCUUCUUCCUGCUGCAGACCUACUUCCCCGCCACGCUGAUGGUCAUGUUGUCCUGGGUGUCCUUCUGGAUCGACCGCAGGGCCGUCCCUGCCAGAGUCUCAUUAGGUAUAACCACGGUGCUCACCAUGUCCACCAUCAUCACUGGAGUGAACGCCUCCAUGCCCAGAGUCUCCUACAUCAAAGCUGUGGACAUUUACCUGUGGGUCAGUUUCGUCUUUGUCUUCCUGUCUGUGCUUGAAUACGCUGCCGUCAACUACCUGACAACCAUGAGAGACGGAAAAGACCGCAGGCUCAGAGAAAAAGCCAGGGAGCAGUCGCAGACACUCCCCUGCACCUGCGGCAUGUCCCACGCCAGGACCAUGAUGCUGGACGGGACGUACAGCGAGGCGGACGCAAACAGCCUGGCCGGGUACACGAGGGCCUCCAUGGCAGCAGAGGAUGCUUCAGAAAAACAGGAGCGCAUGGUGGUGCAUCUCUCCCUGGACAAUGAGCCCACAGGGAACAAGCAGAAGAAGGGGAUCCGCGGCUUCAGGAUCAUCCAGAACACCCAUGCUAUCGACACUUACUCUCGCAUGAUCUUCCCUGGAUCCUACAUCCUGUUUAACCUGAUCUACUGGUGUGUGUACUGCUGAGCCUGUGCGGUUCAGCCUCAACUGGAAUAUCAGAGAUGCCUGGCUGAAUAUCUCAAACUGACUCAGAGGUCAGCGCUGGACUGGGCCACAUAUGCAGCUUCCUUUUCCUUUACAGUCACAAGCUCGGAUCCCCCACAGUCAUAUUAAACGACCUCUUGGGGCUGGUUGCACAAGUUGUAGGGCUCUAUCGUUUGCCAGCACAAAUGAACUUGCGCUACAGUGAGCGCUCAGGGGUGUGUUGCUUCUAU